AUUUGUUCAAUGUCGCUGCGACGGGCGACAGGCGUACACCGUUCAGAUUCUUUCUUCAUUUUCUGACGCCCUUGCAUGCAAAAGGUACCUUGUGCACACCUUGGUAAUUCCCACGAUACCUUGCCUACCACUCUGCAUAACUUUAAUCGUUCCACCUAUCCAAUUGCAUGGGUCUGGUCAACGUUUGAGGCCCCAAGUCCCGCUCUUAUGAUCUUAACUCCCCCGGAAGUUGGUUUAAAAACAACCCUGAACCUGGAUGAAGGCGACCCUCCCCGUCCUUGACAGCUUUUAAACCCCUGGUGUAUAAGGCUGUAGUGACCCAAUAUAUUUUGGACCUUUUCCCAUCCACCCCACUCGCUUUCAUCGCGUUCGACUACAUCUGAUCCAGUUGGCGCUUCGUUUGUUGGCUUGUCCUUCUCGUCCCGUUUCACUGCUUGUUUGUUGUGCCUUGGUCUUAUCUUGUUAUCAUCUCACCCGACUGCGUAGUAAGCAAUCACUACCCGACCAAUUGGCUUAGCACUUUAUAUAUUUGUCCCCGCUGUCUCCUGGUCGAUCUCAUCGCCAAAGUCAACCGCCAUGGACAUUGCAGUCCCCAACAAAAAGCUUAAAAUGGACAGCAGUGAUGCGACCAUCCCCAGUGUGGCGUCACUUCUGGCGAGGAUUGCGGAGCUCGAGCAAGAAUUGGUACAAACGAAGCUGGUCCAUCAGUCACAGGUCUUCAAACCACGCUGUAAUGGCCUUGACAGGAAACCGUCAAGCAUUACAGGUAUGAGAACCGGCGUCACUGGGAUUGGCGUGCAGGACGAAGCCAGCAAGCAGUCUAAUCGAUUGAUCACUCGUCCACAACGUCUUCCCUCUGCCGAAGCCUCCAAAUGCGCCUGGAAUCGCUAUCUCCUCAGAAAGCCGGAGGAAAAUACACAUCCAGCCACCACCAGCGUUGAGGCCGCACUCGAGUGUGCGAGGAAAAACAACCUUGACAUGGAGGAAAUCGACCGUACCAUGUUCUGGAGGCCAUCAUACGAGACCACCAUCUCCUGCGGCUUCGUCGCCGUUGACCUUAAGCACCACCUUGUCUUGAGCAUCUACAAUAAGAAGCUUGGAAUUUACCAGCUACCCAAAGGCAGGACGCAGAUCAACGAAAGUUUUCUCAAGGCUGCCAUGCGAGAGACGAUCGAGGAGUCAGGAGUUGUCGUCACGCCUCUUCCGCUGUUGAAUUGGACCAGGGCGAACCCUGAGGAUGACGGCGAUGCCACUCAAACCAACGGUUCUUCAAGGCAGAAAUCGCCUCCAGUAGUGCAGGCCUGCCCUGACAAACAGGUCGUAUCUGACACCCUCAAUAACGAGUUCAUCGGCGUGGUCGAGUACAUGGACCCCCAGGUCUCUACUCCUAACACGCACAAAUCCAUCUACUACUUUGCAGCCAGCUUCGAUGUUGAAGCUCACGAGGCUGGCACCGAGGGGAAAUGCUACGAGGAAAAGUUCAUACCCUGUGCCUACAGUCUGGAAGACACACUCAAGGUGCUACGGUUCCAGGCCGACCGGGAUGCAGUUACCAAGCUAGUGGAUGACCUUCGGCUGACGAGCAUCGCUUUCUGAUUGCAACUUAUAACUGGGGAUUUGUCGGUCCCCAGAGUCCUCUCGCAUGUGGCAGCUUCUGCUACUUCCACCACCUGUUAUUACCGAACCCGCCAUAAUUUCCUUUUUUAUC